ACACGCUCCACACUCCGUGCCAAAGGCAAACAUGGCCGCCUCCACGACCACGUAACAUGUGAUGUGAGCCGCCGAAGUGAACUUCGAUUCGACUUACCUGUGCCGCAUUGGGGAGCCGGCACUUCGUUUCAACAUAUUUUGGUUUGUUUUGUCUGUAGCAGCGUAAGAGAGAGAGAGCAGAAACAGCAUGCCUCGCAUCAAAUACAUCGGAUAUCCGUCGCCGUACUUGGGCAAGCACUUGCUGUGGAUUCUCAGCAACCUGAAGGACUUCGGCGUCGGCCGAGUUGUUACUCGCUACACGUUCGAGCGCUACCCGGAGCCGUCGUACUUCGUGAUCAAGAAAGUGGUCCCGUACAUGGACGACGCCACCAAGUACGGAAUGGUCUGGGCCGAUUGCAUCUUCCGAGGCCGCAGGCUGCGCGGAGACGGCCACGUUCCGUCGCCCCACCUGCCGGACUACCGGCUGGUACCGAAGUCCGAGGAGCACCGGUACCUUGACCACCCCGUCGACGAAUCGAAGCCCGUGGUGUUGCCUCGGUACCGUCGUUUCGCACCGCUACUCCGCAAGAUGGUGAUCCGCGACAUGAAGGCAAAGGGCUUGGACACGAGCGUCGAGCCCAUGUUGCCCGCCGUGUACGCCAACCCUACGUCGGAGAGGUACCGCAUCGCGGAGGAAGGCGAAGAGCCUGACGUCAGCUUUACAGAAGAGAAGGGGUUUAUCGUAGAAAAGUUCCGUGCCGGGGUUCAGGACAUCUAGUUUCUGUUGUGGUUGGCAUCGUUCCAUAGUCGAGGUGCCUUUGGAACGCAUCUCUGACUGGUGCAUUGAACUGCGCCCUUGUUAGUGGUUGUGCCGUCGUAGUGUGUUGUGCCACGAUCCUGGUAUUGGUGUGGCGCCGGAUGUGGACACAGCAUACGCUCGUUCUGUUGUAGGUCGCUUUUCGGUAAUGCAGUUUGCGGAAACUUCGGCAACCUCAAGUUGAGACGUUGCAACGACGGCGAUGCUUGCAUUUGUUCAGGCUUUUUGCUGGUGCUUCUGACGGUCGAGGUCGCGACACUCGACGGCACGACGUGGCAGCUUCCACGACGUAAUUUGUUGGCCCUUCCAGACCACUUUCUGCGUGUGUGCAAUUCGGAACGCUAAAUGCGCCGGUCCGAGAUGCACCCCAAGCACCAUAUCGUAGUCUUGCAACUUCGAAUAAAGACGGAGGUCAAAAGCAAA